AUCAGCUGUUCCCUGUCAACCAACCUCAGUCUUCCCGGGUUUGUUGUGGAAUUCGGUGUCGUGUCUUAUUUUGGUCUUCGCGGGCGGUUUUAUGAAUUUUUGUGUCGUCCUUUGAAACAAUGUCGGGAUUGAGUAUAGAAAAGGUCGUUCAGCUGCAGCACGACGUUGCGUCAGUUCGCAACAUUUGUAUUUUGGCACAUGUGGACCAUGGCAAGACGACGUUGGCGGAUUCACUUGUUGCGGUUACUGGGAUAAUAUCGCAGAGGUUGGCUGGCAAACUCAGAUACUUGGAUUGCCGCGCAGACGAGCAGGAACGUGGCAUCACCUUGAAGAGCAGCAGCAUCACCUUGCAUUACACGAAAGCAAAUUCCAACAAGGAUUAUUUGGUGAACUUGAUCGAUACCCCUGGACAUGUCGACUUCUCCAGCGAGGUCUCGACGGCGGUGCGUCUAUGUGACGGAGCGGUGGUUGUGGUGGACGCAGUGGAAGGUGUUUGUCCCCAAACGAGAGCAUGUCUUGAACAACUUUACAAGGAACACUUGAAACCAAUUUUGGUUGUGAAUAAAAUCGAUCGACUGAUCUUAGAAAAGAAGAUGGAGCCCUUAGAUGCAUACAUUCACCUGACCCAAUUACUGGAACAAGUUAACGCAGUGGUUGGAAAUAUAUUUGCCUCCGAUGUGAUGGCAAAAGAAGACUUAACGGAAGAGGUAGGUAGUUUUGAUAGUGAUAAGAAUCAAUUAUUUACUCAAAGCUUUCAGGGAAAUUAUACAUCCGCACUUGAAUUCACUGAUGAUUCGACAUUGUACUUUUCACCGGAAAUGGAAAAUGUUUUGUUCUGUUCAGCUGCGGAUGGAUGGGCGUUUUCUGUUCGAAAAUUUGCUAAUAUUUAUAAGGAUAAGCUGAACAUGUCUUCUGAUGAAUUGACGAAAGUGCUUUGGGGUGACUAUUAUUACAGCACGAAGAAGAAAUGUUCUGUGUCAGGAGCACAGGAACAAGCGAAGAAACCCAUGUUUGUCCAAUUUGUAUUGGAAAACAUUUGGAAUUUGUAUGAUUUGAUUUGUAUACGAAAAGAUAAAGACAAGAUACCGGAUAUUGCUAGUAAAUUAGGAAUAACUUUGACGAUUCGUGACUUGCGUUCUACCGAUCCAAAAUCACAAAUUCGGGCUUUAUUCUCACAAUGGCUUCCGAUCCAUGUGGCGGUACUCGAGAUGGUGAUCGAUAGCGUUCCAGGUCCGAAGAACAUGUCCGGCGAAAGAGCGGAGAAGCUGUUAUGUUCAGCAAAUCUAGACUUCUCAUCAUAUCCAAAAGAAACACAAAAGUUGAAGUCGGAUUUCAUUUCGUGUGAUCCAAAUAAUUCCAAUGUCGUUGCAUUUAUCUCUAAAAUGGUACCUAUUGACAAAUCUCGCUUGCCGCAAAACAAACCCAAGCCUCUAACGGCAGAGGAAAUUCAGCAGCGAAGAGAAUUAAUCAAACAAAGAAUAGAGGAACGAAAAAGAGUUGCCGAACAACAAGACAUAACGACUGGAAUGGAAAACUUAUCAACAAAGGACGAGACUAAGCCUGUUGAUGACAAUGAAGUGAAACCGAAGGAAGAUGAAAUCGAUCAAGAAUUCAUCGCAUUUGCACGCAUUUUCAGUGGCACUCUGAAACCGGGCAUGAAGCUGUAUGUUCUCUCGCCUAAACAUGAUCCGAGGAAAGAAAAUUUGAAUCCCAUCGAUUCUCCGCAUAUUAUAGAAGUUAAUAUUGGUAACCUAUACCUUUUUAUGGGCGGCGAAUUAGAAAGUUUAUCUGAAGUUCCAGCUGGAAAUAUUGUUGGCAUUGGGGGUUUGCAAGAUGUUGUGCUGAAGUCAGCGACAUUAGCUAACAACAUAUAUUGCCCGUCAUUCAGUGAACUAAGUUUAAUGGCAACGCCCAUUCUAAAAGUUGCCCUGGAGCCAGUUAAUAUAUUUGAAAUGCCCAAACUUCUAAGUGGUUUGAAACUCCUCAACCAAGCUGAUGCUUGUGUACAGGUUUCCAUUCAAGAAUCGGGUGAACACACUAUUACUACUUUGGGUGAAGUUCAUUUGGAAAAAUGUGUUAAAGAUUUGGAAGAAACUUAUGCAAAAAUUAAAUUGCAUGUGUCAGCCCCUAUAGUUUCAUUCCGGGAAACGAUUGUCCCCGAGGCUACAAUUGACAUGGUUAAUGAGGCAAUUGUUAAAACAGAUAAUGAUAUCACGAAGAAGAUUGUGUCAAUACAAACGGCGAAUAAGUUGGGAUCUAUAAGAAUACUAGCGCUCCCUCUUUCUGAUAGUGCUAUAAACGCUUUAGAUCAACAUCUGGAGGUAUUGAAGACAUUAUCAAUGGUGUCUAAAGUGAAUCCAUUCCCUGAAAAAUUCAUGUCGCCACUUAAACAAUUAAAAAAUGGUUUGUCAAAAGAAUUAGAAAAACUAGAGCUUGGCCAAUUUAGUGAUUGCUUAAAUUUGGCCGAGAAAGUCUGGUCGGUCGGUCCUAAGAAAUGCGGUUCGAAUAUUUUACUGAACUUAACUGACUACAAACAUCAGAACUUUUGGAAAACAAACCCGAAUGAAGAUGAUUUGAAUUUUAAUAUCGACGAUAUUCGAAACGAUUACAAUAGUUCGUUUAUUAAUGGAUUUCAAUUAGCCUCAUCGGCUGGACCGCUCUGCGAAGAGCCUAUGCAAGGAGUCGCAUUUGUUAUUUUAGAGUGGCGAGUGGAUGAAAGUGAUGAAUUGAAUUCGAAAGUUUUUGGACCUUUCUCAGGUCAAGUUAUGUCUUCAGUGAAAGAAGGUUGCAGAAAAGCUUUCCAGGCACAACCUCAACGACUUGUAACUCCAAUGUACACGUGCAACAUUGUUGUGAAUUCGGAAGUAUUAGGAAAAAUGUAUGCAGUUAUAGCCCGUCGUCAUGGAAGGAUUUUAUCUAGCGAUUUGACUCAAGGCAGUGACAAUUUUGCAGUAACGGCCGUUUUACCUGUAAUUGAAUCGUUCAAUUUCGUCCAAGAAAUUCGCAAACAAACUUCCGGAUUAGCAUGCCCACAACUUAUCUUUAGCCACUGGGAGGUUAUUGACAUUGACCCAUUUUGGAUCCCGUCCACGGAGGAAGAAUAUUUGCACUUUGGCGAAAAGGCGGAUUCGGCUAAUAGAGCUAAAAAAUAUAUGGACAGCGUCCGGAAACGAAAAGGAUUGGCAGUGGAGGAGAAAAUUGUUGAACAUGCAGAAAAGCAGAGAACAUUGUCAAAAAAUAAGUAAUGUUUGCAAUUAAAAGAUCAGAAUAAAAUAUGGAUGCAAUCGUGGCAGCUUUAA